UCCCUUCCAUUCUCACCAUUCCCCCAUCGACAGCAAAAACACAUCCAUCAAAUCUUCUUAAGCGAUAUACAAAUUAGAAAUGGCUCUGAUUCCAAGUUUCUUCGGUAACUCGCGAAGCAGCAUUCUCGAUCCUUUCUCUGCUUUCGACGUUUGGGAUCCAUUCAAAGACUUUCCAUUCAAAGACUUCCGCUUCCCUCAUCUUCUUCAAUCCACUCGCAUAGACUGGAAAGAGAACAAAGCUCAAUUCUUCAAAGGCCUGAUCUCCUGGGCUCAAGAAAGAAGAGUGAAGGUAGAGGUUGAAGAUGAUGAGAGUUCCUUCCAAAUCAGCGGAGAGAGGAAUGGGAGAAAAAAAGACAAGAACGAUACGUUGGCAGAGCGUAGCAGUGGCAAGUUCUUGAGGAGGUUCAGGCUGCCGGAGAAUGCAAAGAUGGAUCAAGUGAAGGCUUCAAUGGAAAAUGGAGUUCUUACUGUGACUGUUCCUAAGGAGGAAAUCAAGAAACCUGAUGUGAAGGCUAUUGAGAUUUCUGGCUGAGUUCUACAAAUAUGAGCAUUAAAAUGAAUGUUCUAAGAGAGAUUCAGAAGUUGUUUGAUGUAAUAAAUUAAUGAACAAAGAUGGAGUCUUGAGUUGUAAAAUCUACUUUCAAUUUUUUUAAAUUUCCAACAGCUGAAUUUCACAAA